UUUAAUGGAGGUGGUAGAGCCUGGAGUGACUUUUGGGCGACUCAACAAAGGUUCAUGUGGAGAGAUUCGUUCCCUCGCUCGGAGCAGCUAAGUGUCACAGAGAGAGACUGAAUCUGUAAUGGCGUUACCAGAGAAGAGGAACCGUUUCUUCAUUCCUUUUGCGAAUCUCGUCUUCCUCCUCGUCUUGUGCAUCUCUCUUCUCGACAAGGCUGCAUGUAUCAGGAUACCGAGCCAGAUCUCGGAUUCUGUCGUUGAUUCGCCGGAUCGUCCAUUGAAAUCGGCGGUUUUUGCUCUUGGAAGCUUCUGGCGAUCGGAGGCGGCGUUCGGUUGUAUCAAUGGCGUCGUACGAACAACAGCCGGUUACUCCGGCGGAUUAAAAGCGAAUCCGGAGUAUAGGAACUUGGGUGAUCACGCAGAGUCCGUACAGGUCGAAUAUGAUCCAAGAAUAGUCGGUUAUCGUCAGCUCUUAGAUGUAUUCUGGUCUAGUCAUGAUUCCAGACAAGUCUUUGGACAAGGUCCUGAUGUCGGUAAUCAAUACAGAUCCUGUAUUUUCACUAAUUCGACAGAAGAGUUGAGGUUAGCCUCUACUAGCAAAGAAAGGGAGCAGCUUAAAUCAAGAAGCAGUAUCGUGACUACUCAAAUUCAACAGUUAGACACGUUUUAUCGCGCAGAGCCUGAUCAUCAGAAGUUUGAGCUGAAACAACAUCCAUUACUUCUUCAGCUAAUAGGAAACAUGGCAGAAGAAGAGCUCGAGAGCUCAGCUCUGGCCACAAAACUAAAUGGUUAUGCAGCCGAGCUCUGCCCGCCAAGAAUCCAGAAACAGAUCGAUGCAAGAGUAAACGAGAUCAUUAGAAAAGGCUGGCCGGUCUUGAGAGACAUCUAAUAUAUUAGCCGUGAGAGUUUUGUCGCCUGAUUCUUUUCGUCGAUUGAUGAUGUCUUAAAUUAAGUUUUUGUUCAUUCUUUUGGCCAGUAAUAUUUGGUUGUAACAACAAUGUUUAAUGUCUUGCUCUUACCCCUCAGGUGGUGAGUGUUGAGUGUGUUUUGUCUUUUUGUAUUUCUUUGAUCUCUUUCACAUAGAAUAAGCUUUCUUUGUUUUCUUGUAAACAGAGUAUUUGGGCUUUCAUUGUAUCAUUAUUAUGGUCUGGUUACCAAUUGA